UACUCUGUUUUUCUUUUCUUUUCUUUUUUUUUAGUUGUUUUAAUCUGUUUUCUCACCAUAAAAAAGGUCCACAAAGCAUUAUAUUAAUAUUACAUUCACAUCCAAUCUCUCCGCUGUCUUCUCCAAUAGUACAAGCAUUUAAUCCCAGCCUAAGUUUUUCUCACUUCGGUCCCUCCCUCUUCUCCAAGCUUCUCUCUCUCUCUCUCUCUCUCUCUCUCUGGAUUUCUCUGUACUCUCCAAAUCUUUUCUCCACUGUAAUCCUCUUCAAUCUCCAUCUGGGCUGUCGUAAUUCUUGAAAUCUUGGAAUGGGACGACCUCGUUUUUUGAUUUAAGAAGUAAUUAUCAUGUUCGUGUUUCUUGAUCGAAGAUCUCAGAGAAAAACCGUGCAUUGUUGUCAACUUGCAUAAUUCUUAAUGGAUCUGGUGACCCGGAAAUUCUACUCCCAUGUAUCAGAAGCUUUGUCUCCGAUGACGAGCCCGCCGAGCUCAGUUUCCUUGCAUUCUUCACACACGGGUUUCCCGAUUAUAGCGGUCGCCCUUAUUGGCAUACUAGCGACGGCGUUCUUGCUGGUUAGCUACUACAUAUUUGUGAUCAAGUGCUGCUUGAACUGGCACAGAAUCGAUCUCUUGCGGCGGUUUUCGUUCUCCAGGCGGCGGCCGGCGGAGGACCCUUUGAUGGUUCACUCUCCGGUGGCAGAAAGCCGGGGGCUCAACGAGGCUGCCAUUAGAUCAAUACCAGUGUUCAAGUUCAAGAAAGGCAAUGCAAACGACGAGGCUGCCGAUGUAAAACCGUGCGAAUGCGCCGUCUGUUUGAAUGAAUUCCUAGAAGAAGAGAAGCUCAGAGUUAUCCCCAACUGCGGCCAUGUGUUUCACAUAGAUUGCAUUGAUGUUUGGCUUCAGAACAAUGCCAAUUGCCCUCUUUGCAGGACAAGCGUUUCAGCCUCCAGGCCUGAUGUAAGGUUCUGUCUGGAUCAAAUUCUUGCUCCAGGCCAUUCUCCUCAAGAUCCAAAUCCCAACAGUGAUAACUUCACAGGCAGGGAUGAAGACUAUGUGGUUAUUGAAAUAGGAUCAGAUCAGCGGCAGAGUGUGUAUCCACCCUUAUCAAGAAUCCCGGAAAAUUUGAAUACAGACGAGCUUUUACCAAUCAGUCCUUCACCGAGGAAGUUAGGGUCGAAAAUUUCACGAAAGAAAGCGAAAAAAUUGAGCCAUGUUUCAAGCAUGGGAGAUGAAUGUAUUGACAGUAGGCAGAAAGAUGAGCAGUUUGUAGUUCAGCCCAUAAGGAGGUCUUUUUCCAUGGACUCAGCUGCUGAUUCUCAGCUUUACUUAGCUGUUCAAGAAAUAAUGCAAAGGCACAGAGAGAUAAACAGUGAAGUGAUUAGCCCAAAUGAAGAUUGCAGCAGCAGCAGCAGCAACAACAACAGAGUUAAAAGAUCAUUCUUUUCUUUUGGGCAAGGAAAGGGUUCAAGAAGUGCAGUUCAACCAGUUGAGUUAGAACCUUGAGCUCAUAUAUUUUUUCUUUUUUUAAUGAUGUUUAAUUUAGUAGGUAGAGAAGUAUAGGUGUUAGAUUUGUUUAGAGGAGGGUACAGAAUGGUUGUCAUAUACUAGUAGUGAAUUUGCAGUUUGGUGGCAUUUAGUUGUAUUGGGAUUUUGGAUCAUUCAUUACAUGACAAAUUGGAAGGCUUGAUGGACCACUCUAUAUCUAAUUUUGACUUGAAGCUAUUAUUGCAACCAUCAUUGCUUUUGCAACUUUCCUUUUCCUUUUCCCCUUUCUUUUUUUGUUUUUUUAAGUUGAAUUCUCAAUUGAAUCAACUUAU